AAACUAUGAUAACAUAAUAUUUGGGGGUAAUCUUCUGAUUUUGUUUGGUUCAAACUCAAUUUCUACUAUUUUACUUUUACAUGCAUACUAAAUUAUCACAAACAAUGUAAUUCUAUAAUUUAUAAGAGUAUGACAUAUUAAUUAAGUUAAAAAAUUAAUAGAAUAGUACACUGAUUAAUGAAACAAAACGUGAUAAUUAGUGGGUGGCACAUUGUCGAUGUUUGCUAAGAUUGAUAACUAUAUAAGGGGUUCAAUUCAUAAUAUGUUCUUCAAACAUAAACUAAAGCUAGAGCUUCUCAAAUAUGGGAACCCUAGCAAAACCAAUGCUCAUGCCCUUAUUAUAUGUGUUUUGGCUUUUUGUAUCAUUGCCGCCACUCAAGUCGCCGCCGAUAAGCCUUAUGUUUACUCAUCGCCGCCACCACCGCCGUACUAUUACAAGUCGCCGCCACCUCCCAAACACGUAGAUCAUCCACAUUAUAACUACAAGUCACCACCACCACCAAAAUACAUUUACAGCUCGCCUCCACCACCACCAUACUCCUAUAAAUCACCGCCACCACCACCACCAAAAUACAUUUACAGCUCACCUCCUCCACCACCAUACUCGUAUAAGUCACCACCCCCACCACCACCAAAAUACGUUUACAAUUCGCCUCCUCCACCACCAUACUCGUAUAAGUCACCCCCUCCACCACCACCAAAAUACGUUUACAGUUCACCUCCUCCACCACCAUACUUGUAUAAGUCACCGCCCCCACCACCACCAAAAUACGUUUACAGUUCGCCUCCUCCACCACCAUACUCCUAUAAAUCACCACCACCGCCACCAAAGAAGUACUCCUACACCUCGCCGCCACCACCACCAUAUGUCUACAAAUCGCCACCUCCACCUUCUCCAUCUCCUCCUCCACCGUACUAUUACAAAUCUCCCCCACCUCCAUCACCAUCUCCGCCACCACCUUACUACUACAACUCACCGCCUCCUCCGAAGCACUACUGAUCGAUGAAAUUUGUUUGCUAUUUU